AUGCCAGGAUUAAUAAACAUGAAAUCCAACAAGUUAAAAGUGCAGAAGAUUGAGCCCUGGAACAGUGUCCGUGUCACCUUCAACAUCCCCCGGGAAGCUGCCGAGCGGCUGCGGAUCCUGGCCCAGAAUAACAACCAGCAGCUCCGGGACCUGGGCAUCCUCUCAGUGCAGAUUGAAGGGGAAGGUGCUAUCAACUUGGCUCUAGGUCAGAGCAGGAGUCAGGAUGUGCGGAUCAACGGGCCCCUGGGAGCAGGCAGCGCCGUGCGGAUGGACACAGGGUUCCCCAUGCAGGGGGGGCAAGGUUUAAUAAGAAUGAGCAAUGCUGCAGCUGUCAUGAUGUCCCAGAGUGGAAAUGUGCCCUCCUCUAUGGUGGCAAGUGGUGCUAGUGCUGAGCUGCAGCCACGAACACCUCGGCCUUCCUCACAGCCAGAUGCAAUGGACCCACUCUUAUCUGGGCUAAAUAUCCAGCAGCAAAAUCAUCCAUCUGGAUCUUUAGCUCCCCAACUCCAUUCAAUGCAGUCAGUUCCUGUAAACAGGCAGAUGACCUCAGCCAACUUUCAGCAGCUACAGCAGCAGCAGCAGUUGCAGACUCGUCCUCCCCAGCCACAUCAGCAGCCACAGCAGGGUAUUCGACCUUCAUUCACUUCACCAGCACAGGUUCCAGUUCCCCCUGGCUGGAACCAGCUUCCUUCUGGAGCACUUCAGCCUCCUCCAACCCAGGGAGCAUUGGGUACAUUGACAGUGAACCAGGGUUGGAAAAAGGCCCCAUUGCCUGGACAAAUGCAGCAGCAACUUCAAGCAAGACCAUCUCUAGCAACAGUACAAACUCCUACUCAUCCUCCACCUCCAUAUCCUUUUGGAAGCCAGCAAGCUUCCCAGGCUCACUCAAACUUUCCCCAAAUGAGCAAUCCUGGCCAGUUUACUGCUCCUCAAAUGAAAAGCCUUCAGGGAGGGCCCUCACGGGUUCCUACACCACUACAGCAACCCCACCUGACCAACAAGUCUCCUGCUUCCUCUCCCUCCUCCUUCCAGCAGGGAUCUCCUGCCUCAUCUCCAACCGUUAACCAGACGCAGCAGCAGCUGGGACCAAGGCCUCCCCAGAGUAGCACACUUCCCCAGGGAUUCCAGCAGCCUGUCAGUUCUCCCAGUCGUAAUCCUAUGGUGCAGCAGGGGAAUGUACCCCCCAACUUCAUGGUGAUGCAGCAGCAAAACCAAGGUCCACAAGGUUUACACCCUGGUUUAGGAGGAAUGUCCAAGCGCCUCCCCCCGGGGUUCCCUGCAGGCCAGGCUAACCAGAACUUCCUGCAAGGUCAGGUGCCUUCCACAGCUCCAGGACCAGCAGGGAACAGCGGAGCACCACAGCUGCCACCCAGCCAGAGCGUGCAGCACACAGGUGGCCAAGGAUCUGGACCUCCUCAGACUCAGAUGCAAGCAGCACAUGGCCCUCCAAAUAUGAUGCAGACCAAUCUCAUGGGACUUCAUGGAAAUCUGAACAACCAGCAGGCUGGUGCUAGUGGGGUGCCACAGGUUAACAUGGGCAACAUGCAGGGACAGCCUCAGCAAGGACCACAGUCCCAACUCAUGGGGAUGCAUCAGCAAAUCGUGUCCUCUCAAGGGCAGAUGGUAAACAUGCCGGCUCAGGGAUCGCUGAACCCUCAAAACCAGAUGAUACUUUCUCGAACUCAGCUCAUGCCUCAAGGCCAAAUGAUGGUGACACCACAAAACCAAAAUCUUGGUCCUUCUCCCCAAAGGAUGACCCCACCCAAACAGAUGAUUCCCCAGCAGGGACAGCAGAUGAUGUCCACACACAAUCAGAUGAUGGGACCUCAGGGCCAGGUCUUGCUCCAGCAAAACCCAAUGAUGGAACAGAUGAUGACCACUCAGAUGCAAGGAAACAAACAGCCUUUCAGUACUCAAAACCAGUCCAAUGUUAUGUCGGGGCCAGCUCAGAUGAUGAGAGGACCAACCCCAAACAUGCAAGGAAACAUGGUGCAGUUCACUGGGCAGAUGAUGCCACAGCAAGGCCCUGUGAAUGGGAAUCCUUCUCAGGUGAUGGGAAUUCAAGGGCAAGUUUUAAGACCCACUGGACCUGGUCCUCACAUAUCUCAGCAACUUGGGGACACUACUACAACAACAAACAGCGACGUGAACCUGACACAGAUGUUACCUGAUGUUCCUGUGCAGCAGCCAAACAUGGUGCCUUCUCACAUGCAAGGGAUGCAAGGAAACAGCAGUGCUUCAGGGAGUCAUUUCUCUGGCCAUGGGCUGCCUUUCAAUACAGGGUUUAGUGGAACAGCAAAUGGGAAUCAGGUUUCCUGUGGGCAGAACCCUGUGUUUCCUGUCAAUAAAGAUGUGACUCUCACAAGUCCUCUCUUGGUUAACCUUCUCCAAAGCGAUAUAUCAGCAGGACACUUUGGUGUGAACAACAAACAGAACAAUCAGAAUGCCAACAAGCCAAAGAAGAAGAAGCCUCCAAGGAAGAAGAAAAAUAAUCAACAGUUGCUAAACAUUCCCAAACCACGCCCAGCUGGCCUGGAGGAGAGUGAUCAGUCGUCGCUGUCUGGGGAUCAAGGAAUGAAUUUAGAUAAGUCAGGCCCUAAACUCUCAGAUUUUGCCAGCAGGCCACCAG